AUGGCCAUCCUGGAGAGAACCCUCAGCCCAGUGCCCCCCCCAGUGCCCCUCCCACUUUCCGUUGGGCUCCCAGCGUUGGUCAGUUGGAGCCAACAGCCCGCAGAGACAGCAGCACGGAGCUGUGCUGGCUGCGAGGAGGCAGGAUCUGGCCGAGCAGCCACUAGCACCGGCACCGGCGGCCCGCUUCCCAUCCUCGCCAUCGCCGGCUGGCGCGAGUCCUUGGUGCCCGGCGAGGGGCCUCCUGUCCCGGGCGCGAUGGGCCAGGCCAACUGCUGCUGCGGCUCCAGAGGUGGCACCAGCCUGCGCCCACAGCUGCGCCUGGCCCUGGAGCAGCUGUGGGUGCUGAGCGGCAGGAAGGAGGCGGCGGGGGAGGAAGAAGAGGAGGAGCAGGAAGGCAGCGGCGUGGACAGGAGCUCCCUCGUCUUCGUCUGGCCCAGCGGCUCCUGCAUUGCCACUUUCGGCUCCCGGGCACUGAAGGAGCUGUGGCUGGGCACACUGCUGGGGGCACCCGAAGGAGCCGCGAAAGUGCGGGUGACCCGUCUCCCAUCGCUCCAAGUCCUGGAGAAGGAGCUGAGGCGCCGCCGUGCCGUGAGUGUCUCUCUGGCCUGGGCUCUGUCCCCGAGCGAGCGCUGGUCCUGCAGCUGCCGAGCAGCAGAGGCACGGCUGCUCAGCUCCUCGCCCUCUUUCUCGCUUGGCCAGGGGAGGACAUUCAGCGCCGGGAGCCUGGAGAGGCUGCUGGAGGGCCAGGCCAAGGCCGAUCGCAAGCAAGGGCUCGCGCCGGUCCCGUCCGGCGACGCGGGGGCACGCUGCCGCUCAGCAGGGGCUCGUGCUCUCUUUUCCUUUGCAGCAGGAGGGAGCAGCUGCAGCAGCAGGAACAGGAGGAGGACACGGCUGCCCUGGCCCUUUGCUCUGCGGCGCAGCCCGGCCGCUGCCCAGGCGCCAGGGCAGGCGGGCUGCGGCUGCAGCAGGGCGCUCUUUGGCCAGCCCCUGGCAGCCGUCUGCGGGGAGGAGGGCACGCUGCCCCGGCCCAUCCAGGAGCUGCUGGCUGUCCUGCAGCAGGAAGGGCCAUCGACGGAGGGGAUAUUCCGCCAAGCUGCCAGCGUGACAGCGCUUCGGGAGCUGCGGGAGGCCCUGGACCGCGGUGCAGAGGUGGAGCUGGGAAGGCAGCCGGCGCUGCUGCUGGCUAUCCUCUUGAAGGACUUCCUGCGAAGCAUCCCCUCCAAGCUCCUCGUCAACGACCUCUACGAGGACUGGAUGGCCGCCAUGCGGAGGACCAGCAAGGAGGAGAAGAUGGCAGAGCUGAAAGCGGUGGCCGAGAAGCUGCCCGCGGCCAACGUCCUCCUCCUGAAGCGGCUGCUCUCCCUCCUCCGGCGCAUCGCCCGCAGCGCGGGCACCAGCAGGAUGAGCUCCAGCAACCUGGCCAUCUGCAUGGGGCCAAGCCUGCUGAGCCCACCGCACGAGGACCUGCUCCCGCUGGAGGCCAUGCUGGAGGCGACCGAGAAGGUGAAGGUGCUGGUGGAGUUCCUGGUGGAGAACUGCAGGGAACUCUUUGGGGAGGAGACCGCUGAGCUUUGCUGUCCAGCAGCCGAGGAGUCGCCAGCCCCCAGGCAGAGCUCCCGAGGCCCGCGUUUGGCAGAGCAAAGCGUCCCUGCGGUCAGAGCAGAGCCCGAGCGUCAGGCAGAUGCCUCGCCGCGCACGCCCGCCUCUCUAGAGCUCGGUGUCCUCCGAGAAGCCGGGGGAGAUACGGUGGUGGGGUCUGACGCGGGAGAGGCACCUCCGGCUUUGCCUCCGAGCACCCCCGAGAGCGCGGCAGACUCCCCGGGGCGCCCCGAAGAACUGGCGAGCCUUUCAAGGGAAAGAAGGUUUGCAGGCUCUCCCCAGGCCGAGGGAAAAAGAAGAGAGCGAAAGAGGAAACAGGCCUGGGGGGAGGAGAGUGAAAGCCCCGUGGAAGAGACGAGGAGGAAGAAGAGGGCAGAAGUUUCUGGGGCUGGACCAAAGAGAAGAGGCAGGAGGGUGCAGGAGGCCAGGAGGCCCACGUGGAAGAGACGAGGAGGAAGAAGAGGGCAGAAGUUUCUGGGGCUGGACCAAAGAGAAGAGGCAGGAGGGUGCAGGAGGCCAGGAGGCCCAGGUGUGUACCAGGCUCUGCCGCCCAUCUUUGCCACGAACGGUUCCUCGUGAAGGGUGUGCCCCAAGGAGAGGGGAACAAAGCCCUGCCUCGUCCUGCCCUUCUGGCUUUAUGGGAGCUUUCUGACUCUGU